AUGGUUAUCUCAAGGCGAGGAAGUGGAAGUCUUACCCUGGCGUCCGGCCAGACGCUCACGAUCCAUACGAGGACGCAGGAUGAGGAGGAUCUACCUCACGCAACAAAGAAGACGAUGGCCGAUCAUCUAAGGAAGUACGAGAUGCUAUUCACUCUCACCCCCCAACGGAUGCGCAUGAUUGUGGAGGCUUUUAAGGAGACUCUAGAGCUGGGACUAGAGAAGCCAGAGCAGAUUGUGCCCAUGAUCCCGACUUUUGUCUUCGGUUGGCCAACAGGAGAGGAACAGGGAGAUUAUCUAGCUGUUGAUCUUGGGGGUACAAACCUUCGCGUUUGUCUCGUUACGGUUCAGGGCGAUGGAAAGUUCGAAAUCACGCAGUCAAAAUACAGGCUUACCGAAGAGCAAAAGCAUGGAAGUGGCCAAGAACUAUUUGACUUCUGUGCGGAAUGUUUGAAGACUUUUGUGGACACCAGUUUGGCGGACAGUGGUGGUGCUGCUACUCUCAAAGAUGGCAGAAAGCUUCCUCUUGGAUUCACAUUUUCGUAUCCAUGCACACAAGACCGCAUUGAUCAGGGAAUUCUCAUUCGGUGGACGAAAGGUUUCGGUGCUACAAAUACAGAGGGCCAGGACGUGGCGGCCAUGUUCCGUAGCUCUCUUGAAAAAUAUCAGCUUCCUGUUGAACUAACGGCCCUCAUAAACGACACUACUGGCACACUCAUCGCAUCAAACUACGUCAACUCACAGACGAGAAUUGCGUGCAUCUUUGGCACCGGGUGCAAUGCUGCCUACAUGGAACAUGUUAAGGACAUCCCAAAAAUUGCCAAUCUAGGCAUCGAUGAGUCGGCGGAUAUGGCUAUCAAUUGUGAAUGGGGUGCUUUUGAUUCCUUUGAGCACGAACAUCUUCCACGAACAAAGUAUGACAUUAUCGUUGAUGAAACGUCGAAUAAACCUGGAGAGCAAGCAUUUGAGAAAUUAAUUUCUGGACGAUAUCUGGGAGAAAUUCUCCGCCUCGUCAUUUGCGAGCUCAUCGAUGAGGGUGUUCUGUUCCUCGGUCAAAAUACUUACAAACUCGAGAAGCCAUACGUUUUUGACACUGCCUUCCUUUCUCUCAUGGAAAGUGACCCGACAGACGAGCUGCUUAUGAUCAUCGGAAUAUUCACACACUUUUUCGCCGUGGAGACGACCCUGGCAGAACGCCAGUUCUUCCGCGCGCUUGCGAAGUUGAUUGGCCGACGCGCCGCACGGCUAAGCGCCUGUGGCAUUGCUGCCAUUGUGAGCAAGAUGGGAUACCUAGAUGAAGGGUGCUCUGUUGGCGCUGAUGGUUCAUUGUACAACAAAUACCCUGGCUUCGCGGACAGGAUACACGAGGGACUCGUAGAUAUCUUUGGAGAGCGAGGACGAAAAAUCAUUACCCAUCACGCUGAGGAUGGCAGUGGCGUUGGAAGUGCAAUCAUUGCUGCUAUGACGAAGAAGAGAAAGGAGGCUGGACUAUACGUCAAUCUAUAG